AUGUUUGUCCAUCUGGUGUUUUGCCUCUGGAUGGAGGAGCUCAGGUCUGGUGAGGAACAGAAUCUAUCCUGCUUUGCAGGAAAAGACAAAAGUGCACACGUGGAUGGCGAUGUGAUGAUUGCGAUGUUGCUGCCCCUUUAUCAUUUGCAGGUGGACAGCAGUCAUGAGACCAGUCGUUCUUCUGAAGAUUUCUACUUUAUCUACAAGAACUACCAGGCGAUUCUGGCCUUGGCUUUUGCUGUUGAGCAAAUCAACAAGAACCCCCAUCUUUUGUCUAAUGUGACUCUGGGAUUUAGUGUCUAUUCUAUUGACACCAGAGACCAGCGGAUACUGUCCUCUGCAUGUGCCUGGCUGUAUGGGAAGCUGGCCACACCCAACUACAACUGUGUUAGAGAGAGCGAGUUGGAAGUAGCCCUGACAGGAGACACAGGCGCAAUGUCUGCCACUGCGGGAACACUGUUGCAACUCUACAGCCUUCCUCAGCUUACCUUUGGAUCUUCUGAUCUGAUCCUCAGUGACCAUGGCCGGUUUCCUUCCGUCUAUCAGAUGGCCCCCAAGGACACAUCCCUGGCCCUGGGCAUGGUCUCCCUGAUGCUUCACUUCCGCUGGACCUGGGUGGGGCUGGUCAUCUCAGCAGAUGAGAAUGGAUUGUGGAUGCUCGCAGCGCUGAGAAAAGAGAUGGACAGAAAUGGAAUCUGCAGCGGUUUUGAAAUGGUGUUGGCAGUCAGCUCCAUGCGAUCGAUGUCCAAGUCUUUACUACUCCUGUAUGAAAUUACAAAAUCAUCGACAAAUGUCAUUGCUGUCUAUGGUAACAGUGGUUUCCUGGAAACUGCAGUGAAUGCAGAAGCUUUGGGCAACUCUUUCCUGGCAGGAAAAGUUUGGCUCAUGAACUCACUCAGCCUGGCGAUCCUCAGAGGGAGACAUCACAUGGCUGCACACUUCCACUCCCGCCUCCUUUUUAUACAUCACUAUGGAGACGUUCCUGAAUUCACAACUUUUAUCCAGACAAUUUACCCUUCCAAGUAUCCAGAAGACUAUCUCCUCACUAGGCUGUGGGUCAUGGCUUUUAAUUGCUCCUUGUCCAAGUCUGACUGUGUGACUUGGCAGAACUGUCCACACAACGCCUCCUUUGAAUGGCUGCCUGCACACUUUUUGGACGUGACCAUGUCAGAAAAGAGUCACCAUGUCUACAACGCCGUGCAUGCUGUGGCCCAGGCUCUCCAAGAGAUGUUCCUUCAUCACACAGAAGGUCAGCCCAAGGGACGGGAGGAAAAAUUGAUAUUUUCCCCUUCACAGCUGCACCCCUUUCUGAAGCACCUCCACAUUGACACCCCAUCUGGGGAUCGAGUGACUUGGGAUGAGGAGAGGAGGUUGGAGGCUGAGUAUGACAUUGUGAACAUUCAGGAUUUCCCCAGCGGUUUGGAAAAUAAAGUGAAAGUGGGAACGUUUGCUCCCUCUGAGCCACGUGGUCAACAGCUGUCCAUAGCCGAUGCGAUGGUGGCCUGGCACACAGGCCUGGCAGAGACCCCUCAGUCUGUGUGCACUGAGAGCUGUGGCCCUGGAUUCAGGAAAUCCCCUCGGGAGGGAAAGGCGUCCUGCUGCUUUGAUUGUGCCCCUUGCCCAGAGAACGAGAUUUCCAAUGGCACAGACCUGGCGCAGUGUGUGAGGUGUGCAGCGCAUCAGUACGCCAACCCCGACAGCACCCGCUGCCUGCUCAGAGCUGAGAGCUUCCUGGCUUAUGAAGAGCCCUUGGCUGCUGUGCUGGGGGUGUUUGUCAAGCACCAAGACACCCCCAUUGUCAGGGCCAAUAACCGGGCGCUCAGCUGCCUCCUGCUCGUCUCCCUCACCUGCUGCUUCCUCUGCUCCCUGCUCUUCCUGGGCCGUCCCCACACAGCCUCCUGCCUCCUGCAGCACAGCACAUUCGCAGUGGUCUUCACCGUGGCUGUGUCCACGGUCCUGGCCAAGACCCUCACUGUGGUUCUGGCCUUCGCGCUCACGGCUCCAGGCAGAAGCUCCCGGCAGUGGCUGGUGUCCCGCGCUCCGAACCUCCUCAUCCCCAUCUGCACCAUGGUCCAGGUGACCCUGUGUGGCCUCUGGCUGGGAACGUCUCCUCCCUUCGUGGACACAGACGCACACUCUGAACACGGCCACGUCAUCAUCCUGUGCAACAAGGGCUCCCUCACCGCCUUCUACUGUGUGAACCUGCCUGACACCUUCAACGAGGCCAAGUUCCUCAGCUUCAGCAUGCUGCUGUUCUGCAGCGUGUGGCUCAGCUUCCUGCCUGUCCACCACAGUGCCAAGGGGAAGGCUGUGGUGGCCCUGGAGGUCUCCUCCAUCCUGGCCUCCAGUGCGGGCCUCCUGGGCUGCAUCUUUGCCCCUAAGUGCUACAUCGUCUCGUUGAGGCCACACAGAAAUUCUCUGCAAGGACUCAGGGACAGAUCCCACUCUGGGAGAAAUAAAGCUUCUUAA